UAAACCCUUCGUCUUAAACCCCUUUUUUCUUCAAAACUUCCUCCACAGCCUCCAAGCCAAAUAAAAGUACAAAAAAACAUCCGUCAAUUUCCCUCCCUCUACGGCGGGGAGAGACGUGGGUUUAGUUGUUUUUCUCAUACAAGUAUUGCUUCACCCCUUCCAGCUCAAAUAUACACAAGCUUAAAUUUGCCCUAAGUUGGGAUUGAAUACUGAAGUUUAAUCUGUUCCAACUGGAAUUUGAAGAUGGCUCAGGGUGCAUCAGAGGCCGUUGAGGCGGUUCACUUCAGUUUUAUGACGGAUGAAGAAGUUCGUAAGCAUAGUGUUGUAAAAGUCACAAGCCCUAACUUGCUUGAUACAUUAGGCGGACCACUGCCUGGUGGGCUUUACGAUCCAGCAAUGGGUCCCCUUAGUGAGAGAUCUCAAUGUAAGUCAUGUGGUCAAGGUACAGUUCACUGCCCUGGUCACUGUGGCCAUAUUGAACUUGUUUCGCCGGUCUUCAAUCCCCUGCUUUUCAAUAUGCUGCACAAUCUUCUGCAAAGAACAUGCUUUUAUUGCUUUCAUUUUAGGGCAUCAAAAGAAGAGGUUGAAAAGUGUGUCUCUGAAUUAGAGUUAAUCGCAAAGGGUGACGUUAUUGGGCCCAAAACCAUGGAUGUUCUCUCUCCUGAUAACUCUGCUGAUCGGGAGGAAAGUGAAGGGAGCCAUAUGUCAUGUACAACGGAUGAUUUGAAAUUGCAAGAUCGUUCUGAGUACAAUAAGAGGCCAUCUUGGGACAAUUUCCAGUUUACUGAAGCUAUGGCAGUUAUCGAUAGAAUUCUCAAGACGAAAUCUGAGAAAUGUAGCAAUUGUGAAACUAAAAAUCCAAAGAUCAAUAAACCGAGUUUUGGACGGUUUCAUAUGGUAUGUCUCAUUGCAUCACAUUGGUCUCUUUAAUGCGUCGUUCAGAUU